GGCCAUUGUUUGUUAACCACGUUCACUUGCGCGCGUGGCAACAACGAACGCAAUGGCAACGCCGAUAAACAACCGAACAUUCGCUGAAAGUUGCAGCUGUCGUCGUGUACUUCGGUUUAAUUGCUGAUAUUUCAUGUAGCCUAAAGAGUAGAGAUUUCCAAAAUGGUCAGGGCUCUCUGCAUUUGCCAGAUUUGUACUUGCGGGUAAGAGUUUUUAAAAUUACGUUAGCUUGGCGACGCGAUAUCCUUUUGCUUUUCCGCGCUUCGUGAUCAAUGACUUGUGGUGUUUUGAGCAGAUCGAAAAAUCUUCAUCCCCUUAGAGAAUUAGCGAGUAAGCAUUACACUUUCUUUUUUUUAUUUUUGUUCCUUAGGAGGCAUCGAUGUGCUCACAAACCAGAAGCUCGCGUUCCGACCCAUCCAUGUCGCUUCACCGAGUAUCAAGAUCGAUACAAGAAACAUCCCCUCGACCGUCGCCUGCCUUUCAAGCCAGAAUACACUGUGAAAAGUUCAAACCAGCCGAUGGAAGAAAAAACAAACUAUAGAACUGAGUAUAUUCCACAUACCUACGCUCCACCAAGGAAACGCGACAAGGCGUUGUAUGUUAAACCUCAAGGACAAAUGGCUGGCCAGAGCUCCUACAAACACGACUACCCAGGGACUGUAGUUCCACCCGCCACCUCUGCGAAACCUGUGGUGUCGUUUCACGCUCAUGAAACGCCUUUUGACAGCAGCACAGUGCACCAGGAUACUUACAGGCCUUGGGACUUGAGGCUGUGCAAAACUGACAGCAUGAAACCAGAUGCAACGACCGCUGUUAGAAAUGGAAAAAUGGAUGGUAGGAGUAUCUUUCAAACCGACUAUCCUGGUUAUUAUGUUGGUCGGAGACCACAGAUAAGGCCGCCAGAUACAGAAAUUCGGGUGAAUAAAGGUCCCAUGGAAAAAGACACCACAACAAGGCUUGAUUACACCAGGAAGGAAGUAAAACCCGCGGAAUCUGCCAAACCAAGUGAAAAGCGCCCGAGCACUCAACAACCCUUCAGAGGAAAUACCACUUUUAUGGAUGAUUUUGCCUACAGAGGUGGCAGACCUGCUCCUAGUUUUAAGCCCGUACAGGACAUCGUGCAGUCAAAUAAGCCUUUUGAAGGGGAUACCACCACUGGUGUGACUUACAGGCGCUGGGAUAUUCCUAAACGCGAAGUACGUCUAAAGGAGGCUUACAGACCACCUUCAGCCAGGUUUGCUACUAAUACCACUUUCCAGCAUGACUACCCUAGAUGGGAUGUGCCUCCUGCUGAAAGUGCUAAGCCUCCAGUGGUAUCAUUUGCUUCAAGCAAACCAUUUGAUGACAGCACAACCCAUAAGAAUGCAUUUAAGGCAUGGGAGCUACAGCCAGCACAGAAGAGUGGCCGGCCUGAUGAAUAUAGACCACCCUCUGGAAAAUUCCAGGGUGAAUCUACCAUGCGAAGUCAUUACAGAGGGCAGUAUGUACCUCCAGCAAAGCCAGCCCGUCAUGAUGUCCAUCGGCCUUUAAGCGGAGACAUGAUAAUGAAUACGACAUACAAGGAAACAUACACUGGUGAGCGACCCCUUAGUUGUCCAGCACAAGGAAUUCAACAGUGGCAACCAGGGCCACAGAAAGGGUACUUUUACAGUUAUGAUAACCGGGGUCAUAGUUACUACCUACCAGUUUCUGAAACCGUUCAACCUCUAUCUCUGUCGGCUUAGUUGUAACCCCAAACCUUUAAUUAAUAAUAGUCUGUUGCACCAAGUCUUUGCCCAGUUAGACUUAUUACAGUCUUAAAAAAUAAAAACAUUUUAGGAGGGUUUUGAGUUAUUAAUUCAAAUAAUUUUAAGGGCAAAACAUUGGGUAUAACAUUUAAAUCGCAAAAAGCUCUCCUGAGGAGAUUGCUUAUAUUUACAUGCAUUGCACCAUUUUAGUUUAAUUUUAAAUGUAAAAAAAUUAAUGGGUGUAAUUUAAUGUUGUAAAGUUUUACAUAUAUUUAAUCAUAGAAUAUUGCAUCAUAUGAUUUAUUCCUUAAGCAUAUCAAGGCUAAAAGUUUAUGUCUUUCUUGACCAAAAAGUAAUGUAUAUAGUUAUAGUUACACAAUGUUGUUGUCAUGGGUAUAUAGUCUGACUGAUACUAUGCACAGCUGUUGCUUUGCUUGAUUACAGCUGUCAAAAGUGUGUUUCAUUUUAUUUAUUAAAACCAAUCUUUUAGGCUAGAAAAUAAAAUUUCCCAUUUUUGGAAGAAACAAAUUCACCUGAAAUGUGUCUGCAUCUGUAGUUCAUAAAAAUUGCAAAAUUUGAAUGCGGUUUCUUAAAAAGUAGUAGUUUAUUAAAAAAUAACAUACUUACUGCACUCUAUGGUUUUUAAUUACUGUGGAAACAGGACAUCCUGGUUUCUUUGCUGCUAGUUUCUUGAAAAAGAACAUGAAAUAAGGGCCACAAUGAGAUUUGAAUAAAUUUACAGAUCUUUAUUUCUUACAAGUUAGUCCAGGGUUCACCAUUAGACAAGAGUGAAACCCUUUCAUUUUUUGAUCAGAGAUAGGUUUAAGUGUUAAAAGACUUAGUUUGUUGUCACUAAUUUUGUCAUCUGCUUCUACUGGUAAUAAUCAAACCUUGGUUCAUUCUUAGCAAUAUUUCAAGAAUGCCAUGUUCGGUGACAUAUUCCUAUAUUUUGUUAUAUUAAGAUAAUCAACAAACUUCAGAUCUGACAAACAGCAAUGCCCUGGUUUUGUAAUAGAAAGUUUCUUGGAUGACAGUUUUGAAGCCUAAUGGUCACUUUACUAUUUACGUGUAAUGCACAGUAGUUAGUGAAAAGGAAAAUUGAAAUUGGGUGAAUAGCAGAUGCAAACAAUAUUGCUGUCAGAUCUGAAGCUUGCACCAAUGUUGGCACACAUACAGCACAGCUGCUGUCAAUAAAAUGUACCUUUAGCCCUGGUAUUCCUUCUUGAUUAUUAUCUUGAUUCUCCACUAUACUGAAGUUCUAUUCCUAAGUCAAGUUUUACUAGACAAAUUGUGAGGAGAAAUUUGAUAGUGAUCACUGAACACAGGAAAAGGCUGAACUGCUUUCAUCUCUAAUAGAGUCAGUAAUUAAAUCAUACUGCAGUGUUUGUACUGUCAUUAGUAGUUAGAACUUGCAGCCUUUUGUGUAGGUGAUUGUUUAAGAGGUGUUGCCAGUGUAUUGACAUUUCAUCAGAAUUGAGAAUCUAGAUAAGAUCAAAACUGAAGACUGAGCACCCAGAAAAUAUCAUACAAUAACUAUUGUUCCAUGCAGGAAGAUACUAUGCAGAAUUUAUGGCAGGAAGGUCAGAAGGAUUUUGGUACAAAUGUUUUGUCAUUUCUUUAUUGCCAUCUGCUAGUUGAUCUGAGUGGAUAUCAUUAUUUUCAUACCACCCAGCUUCCUCCCACUAAAAUUUUUAGACUAGAGUACACCGGUUGAGCAAAGAAAGUAAGUGUACGUCUGCUAUGGUCUAAAGUACCUAAUUGUAAGUUAAAGGGGCACCAUGAAAAUUUAGUUGUAAAUAACAAUUAUGUAAAUAGUUGCACUUUUGUCUUAUUGUCAGUUAACCAAAGAUGCUGCUUAGAGUUGGAAUAGGUUCAUUUGGGAGACAGUUAGCAGUCAAACAAUGACUGAUUUUGAUUGGUUAUUCUGUUAUGGUACCAUGUCGCAUGUGCGAAUCUAGAGCCAGUUAGAAAGAAGUUAUCAUGGAACACACUACUUAAAUAAAGCCUUAAAAGACAAUUCAAAGAUCAUUGGUGCCAAAGGCAUGCCAGAACUUUCACAGGACAGUAUUAUAUUAGUUCUAAAUGUUAUUGAUAAUCAGUGCCAGUCUGCUAAACAAACUGUGGUAUUAUCCGCAUUCGUAAUCAAAUUCAGGUCCUUCCUUUGGUUUAUGAAGGAAAGAAUGUGAAAGAAUAGUUAGUGAGGAAUUUUCUUUAGAAUAAAGAGAUGGACAUGGCCUUAUACAGUUGUGCUGAAGUCAUUGCAUUAUUUAAAAGUCAGCUCUCUUUAGUGUAAGCAAACUUUCCUAACGCAAACUAGUGUAUAACCAAAGCAAACUUAGCUUGCGAGCAGGCCCAUUUGUGCGAGUUUGGAGAAAUUAUGGUACGAGCUGGCAAAGUCAGCUAGAAGAACUAGGCAGAACAAUUUUUUUACACCAUUCUUCUCACUGGCUUUGCCAGU